GCGGUGUGAGCUAUUCCCUGAGACGGUGGCUUGGAGACCGGGACCCCGGCGCUGAUUCACGGAGCCACCGAGACCCUCAGAGGAGCCGCAGGUGCCAUGGCGGAACCGUCCAGGGAUGCCCAGCAGAUCCCGCGUGGAAGCAAGGCUUGCCGCCGCCUCUUCGGCCCCGUGGACAGUGAGCAGCUGCGCCGAGACUGUGACGCACUGAUGGCCGGCUGCGUGCAGGAGGCCCGGGAGCGAUGGAACUUCGACUUUGUCACCGAGACACCGCUGGAGGGCGACUUUGCCUGGGAGCGCGUGUGGGGCCUGGGCCUGCCCAAGCUCUACCUGCCUGCGGGGCCCCGGGAUGACCUGGGAGGGGGCAAGCGGCCCAGCCCCUCACCUGCCCUGCUGCAGGGGACCGCUCAGGAGGACCACCUGGACCUGUCGCUGACCUGCACCCUCAUGCCUCACACCCUUGAGCGGCCUGAGGGGUCCCCGGGGGCACCUGGCACCUCUCAGGGCCGAAAACGGCGGCAGACCAGCAUGACAGAUUUCUAUCACUCCAAACGCCGGCUGAUCUUCUCCAAGAGGAAGCCCUAAUCCACCCACUCGAAGCCUCAAGCUCCUAGAAAGGAGGGGUCCCCCCCAACCCCUCCGCCCUCCCCUUCUACACCUGUUGCCUUUAGUCCUCCAGUUGUGCGUCUUAAUUAUUAUUUGUGUUUUAAUUUAAACUGCUCCUCAUGUAUAUACCCUGCUCGCCACCACCCUCCCCCCAUUCUUCCCCAGCCUUUGGCAUUUAGAAUUAUUUAAAAAACCAUUAGACCGCAAAAUGAUAGGCUUAUUAGAGUGCUAGGUAUUUUUAUUAUGCGAGCUAUUAUUUAAGACGUCUUCAUCCUGUGCUCCCCACUUCCGCUCUCCCAGAGGUAAGGUGGGGCUGGCCUGACCCUCCCCUGCUGGGUGGUGCUCUCUGGAGGAGCCUGGCUCCCUCUGCUCACCGCCUCAUAGGUGUUAUGAAAUUCCACCCCUUUCCUGCAUUCCCAAACCCGGAUUCUUUAUAAUUUGAGAAGUAAAUAGAUAGCACUUUGAAGGGGGCU